AUGCGGUUGUUGCUUUUCUUUGCUUCGGUAAGUUGCUCAAAAAUUGGCGGCGACACAAAACAAAAAAAUUUUGUUCUAGGUUCUUGCGGUAAAUGGAUGGUUUCGCAACAGGGACACUGAUCAAAAGACCCAAGCGGUUAAUGUAGGUCAUGUUCUAUCUAGAAGAAAGUCAUAUCAGGAAAAUCUUUUGCCCGAAUCUCAAUGGUUUAACCAGAAACUCGACCACUUUGACAUAUUUUCCACAGAGACCUGGAGACAGCAAUAUUUUGUAAACGAGUCCUACUACCAUCCCGGAGGGCCUCAGAUUUUGUACGUAUACGGGGGAUCGGCAGCAAGUGGGGUGGAAAUUAUAACUGAGGCCAGUCCUAUUGUCCAAUACGCAAAAGCUGUAAACGCGAGACUAUGGUUGCUGGAGCAUCGAUACUAUGGGAAAAGUCAGCCAAAGCCGUAAGAUUGAGCGGUAGCUUAUUAAUUUUUUCACGUCUCUUUCAGAAAUCAUAGCAUUGAGAACUUGAAGUUCUUGUCCAGUCGGCAAGCCUUGGAAGAUGUCGCGAAUUUUAUUCGAAUUCAAAACGCAGACAGAGGCAUUCAGAAUCCUCGAUGGGUCCUUUUUGGAGGUUUUUAUGGAGGAUCAUUGGUUCUGUGGUCAAGAGUUUUGCAUCCGGAACUUUCUGUCGGUGCUGUUGGAUCAUCUGCUCCAAUGGAUAUUCGAAAAGAUUUUUACGGUACAAAAAAAUAUAUGUAGGAUCAAAAACGAUAGUAUACACCAUAAAACCUCUGUACCACAAACUGCCAUAUAUCAAAACACUUUUAUAGUGAGUAGUUUCUGAGGUCUCAACAGUCAGUUUUAGACCAAAAAACCUCUCUAUAAAAAAUGGUUUUUAUUGGACCCUUGCAAUUUAUUUUACAAAGGUUUUACCUCCUUAUAGAAGCCUGCCGAUUGCAGGAUACCUUCAAAGAACCGAAGAAGUCUAUCGAACCUACAUCUCGCUUGAAUGUGCAACUAUGAUCGAACAAGGCCUUAAAGAACUCGACGACAUGCUUGACAACACAGUGGAUCGUGCCCGUCUUCAGAAUCUUUUUAACUUUCUCCCGUCCGUGAAUGACCGUUUUCUUGUGUCCACGGAGAUUCAGCAUCUCUACUUUACAGUCUUGAAAUACUUUGCUGUCGCCGAAACUGGGUUGCUUGUAAGUUUAAGUUAAACCCUUAGAAUUGCCAAUAGCUCUUCGAUUUUUCAUUUUAUCAUUGCUUUAGGCCACCCAGAAAGUCUGUUCGUUUCUGCAGACCACCGCUGGGACUCCGUUGACUCGAAUGGCCGCUUAUGUAGCUAAUAUCACUAUAUCAAACAGCCUUGAUAUUAAUUACUACACUGAAGUUGCGCGUCUAAAAGACGAAAGUUACUCAGGUUGGCUUCAAAAUUUUCGUUGAAACUUUAUAGUUGAACGCGCAUGGAAAUGGCAACUUUGCACUGAAUUUGGCUACUUUUUCACCACAGCGUUUGAAAAGAACAUCUUCGGUGUGCUGCUGCCACCCGAGUAUUAUUACAAUCUUUGUACGGACGUUUUUGGCCUCGAAUAUAAUGUGAAUUACAUUGAAGCCGCCGUUCAACGUACUCGUGAUUUUUAUGGCCACGCUGAGGACUAUAAUGUAAGUGAUAUUAGUCUUGAAAAGCCUUCAGGGCACCAAUGUUCUCAUUACAAACGGCGAUAUCGAUCCGUGGAGCGCUCUUGGAGCGAAAGUCAACGGGCCUGGCCAGUCCUCAUAUCUGAUCUUUAGAGCUUCACAUUGUGAAGACUUGGCCGUACCCACCUCAACAGAUGUGCCGGAAUUGACGGCUAUCCGCGGUAUAACAAUGCAAAAAUUGACGGAGUGGAUUCAAGGGGCGCCUCCCAAACAAAGUCAACUGAAAACUGCAAAAGUCAUGGCAAAAAAAGAUGACGGUUUGAUCGCAAAGAUACGAAAAUCUACUCUCUGCAAUGACUGCAAAAAUGAAAUGCCGGUGAGGGAUUGAAGUUAACUUCUAUAAAUAAUAAUUUAGAAGAAAAACCAGACAGAUGACAUUCACUUUGACUUUCCAUUUAUCCGCCCGCGCUUUUCGUUGCAAUCGAAACAUGCCGCACCUACAGGAUCAGAUCCAGAGCCAACUCCAGGAAAGAUGCUGCAAUAUUUAGAUCAUUUCGACGCUAAUACAACAAUGUUUGUGCAGGUAGAGUUAGGCUGUUUUUUGCAAUUUCAAUUCCUGGCUUGACUCCAUACAGUCACACCUCUAUAUACUAUCCACCAGUUGCAUGUGACCAAAAAAUGUAUUCCUCUUGAAGCCGUGCCUUUUCAUGACGAGAAUCUCGGCUUUUUUCCGGCGUGAGCCUCUAUGUACACGAAGGUACACAAUAGGGAAUAGGGUUUAUUGGGUAACAUAAUAUUAAUACAACAGAACCUCACACGAGAAGCGAGACAUCGAUUUAUGAGAAAUUGAUCUAUUGUUGUCCUUUGAUUCCAUGGAUAUUCGUGGAAAAAAAAUUGGCGGUUUCAAUGAAGUCGCCAGCAUAAGAGGGCUCGUUGUACAUACAGGGAUUAACUGUGUCUAAAUCCGCCUGGAGUAUGUUCUUACAAGAGCGCCUACUAUAUCAUGUUUUCAGUAUUUCUACGCAAACGACAAGUAUUACAAGCCCGGAGGCCCGGCAUUGUUAUUUAUUGGUGGUGAAGCAUCCAUCGGUUCAUAUCUCACCCACGAUGAAAGCAGCUACUUUGUGAUCUACGCCAAAGAAGUGAACGCUGCAUUAUACUGCCUAGAACAUCGGUAUUACGGACAAAGCCUUCCAUUUGCGUAAGUCGUCAUUAGCGAAGCAUACAAAACAAGGAAGAAUUUUUGUUUAGAUUAGUAAUUUUAGCGACUUCUCGGUGGAAAAUCUGAAGUACUUGACUUCUCAGCAAGCUCUUGCCGACAUUGCCGUUUUUAUUGAGACAGUGAACUUUUAUAAAGGAUACCAAAACCCGAAAUGGAUCACUUUCGGCGGGUCGUAUUCAGGAGCGUUGUCCGGCUGGUUCCGCCAAAAGUAUCCGGCUCUUACGGUUGGAACUUUUGGAAGUUCUGGUGUAUUUGAUACAAAAGUUGAUUUUUACGGUAUGAGAGACUCUUACCUAGGCGUUGCAGCUCUUGUAUCGCCGUUUAUUAGAGACAUAAAGCAGAUUUUUCAGAGUUCAUGCAAAUUGUUCAAAACUCAACAAUAGCCUGCAGCGGAAAGAUAAAUGAAGGUUUUAUAGCUCUUGAGCUGUAUCUGUCGACAACUGAAGGAAGACGAGGGCUUAAUCAGUUACUAUGGUAAUCUUUGGUCUCAGUUUGGCCUUACUUACUUGUUGUAUACUAUACUAACACCGUGAAAGUUUAGUAACGAUCAGUGCGAUGUGCUGACUACCGACUCCAUAGAUCCGUUUGACAAGAUGGCUUUUUAUAGCCUGCUUUACAAUCAGAUUGUUUUAGAAGCCGCCUAUAAUGUACGUUUUUUGUACCCAAAAAGGUCCUCAUAAUGUAAUUUAUCAGGACUUUUGCCCUGAAUAUAAAGGUGGUCAUAUAAGAUCUCGGAAUUUUUUUUUCCAAAUGGCGAUUUUCGGUGCACAAAAAAGUCGACGCCCAAACCGAAAAAUUGGCGUCAACUUAAUUUUUUCACCACCGAAUUCCGAAAUGCGGUGCAGACUUAAGACUUUGUGCACUGAUUUCGAAAAACAGAAAAAUUUACCGAAUUUCAGAAUUCGGUGCCGAGAAAAAAAUAAGUCGACGCCAAUUUUCCGAUUUGGGCGUCGACUUUUUUGUGCACCGAAAAUCGCGAUUUGGGAAAAAAAAUUCCGAGAUCUUAUAUGACCACCUUUAUAUAAACACCAAUGUUUUUAGGUAGGCCCUUUAUGUCAAAGAUGGAACAAUAGCAGCCUCUUGCCACUGCAAAAAUUUUUGCCCUUCAACGCUGGGCUGAGCUACGACGCUAUUACUCAAGCCCUCAGCGAUCCGACAAAUAUUAAUCGUCCUUGGAUGUGGCAAGUAUGUAAUGAAUUUGGUUUCUUCGUAACAACCGAUAUUGGAUAUAACAUUUUUGGCGGUGGUGUUCCAUUGAAGUAAGUGGCUUAAAAAUUAAAAAUGAUUGAUCAAGCGCUGUUCCUACAGGAUCUACUAAUUUUUUACAUCUAUUUAUUUUUUUAGCUACUUCAUUGAAACUUGUCGAAGGGCUUUCGGUCCGUCUUUUACUCGCGACCAAAUCGAGGCCAAAAUCAGGAAAACACAGCAAUUUUAUGGAGGGGCCAAGGGAUUCAGAGCCACAAGACAUUUGCACAUCCAAGGAACUGUUGAUCCAUGGCAUGCCGCCGGGUUCUACACUGACAAUGAAGACCAUGGAGAGGAUGUGAGGACUUUUCUGAUCGACGGAGCUUCACAUUGCUCAGAUCUCACGGCCCCCUCGCCUCUUGACAGUGAAGGUGUAAAGGAGGCUAAAGCAUUAGUAUUGGAGACGAUGAAGCGAUGGAUCGCCUGA